CCACCGAGAGAGAGAGAGAGAGAGAGAGAGAGAGAGAGAGAGAGAGAGAUGGCGGCGAUAUCGAUAUCAGAUGGUCGGGUGCGAUGGAUCAUUGAGAAGCUGAUGGAGUCGUUCGGGUUCCCGGAUACGACGAUUCCAGACGCUGUUCUGAGCGAGGAGUACCCUCUUUCUCAGGUGAAGAGGUUCUUCCAGCCGGAUGGGCCAUCGAACCUUUUGUUCUUCUACCAGGUACCCACCAUUCAAACGGCGGAGGGGGAGUAUGUGGUGGCCAGCAACGAGCCCAAGCUGUUCUUUGCAGGAGGGGAUUCUGUCCAGUUCCGUGGCAAGGCCGUUUUUUUCAUUCGAACGGCAGAAAAGGAGGUGAAUGAGAAAACUAUCAAGCAGGAUGUUGUGGUCGGUGAAGUUUGCCGGGCACCCUUGGAGGGCCUUAGGACUCUUAUGAUGGACCUGUUCUUGCCCGUCUUGCGCGAACAGCUAGCUUGGGGCAAAUCUACCGAAGAAAAUGUCCACGAGUUCCUGGCUAAUGUCACCAAAUUUGGGUUUGCGCUCAACGAGGCUGUCAACAGCUUGCAUGGGGGUGUUGAGCUUAAGAAGGCUGAUAAGAAAUGGCUAGAGUUCGUGGAGCUGAAGCCAUCGUCUUUCACGAAAGCGGCGGCGGAUAGCGAAAUCUUAGACCACGUGGAACAGGUGCUGGACGAUUGGUGCACACAGACGGAGAAGUUGUUGAGCGAGGGGGAGAUGGCGCGCAAAGAACCAGACGAUGUGGGUCCGGACACGGAGUUAGAGUUCUGGAGAAGAAGGUUGGCGAAGCUGAACUCGAUCACCGAGCAGCUGAAGAGCAAGGAGUGCAAGCUCGUGCUUGGUGUCACGCAAGCGGCUCGCAGCAAAGCGUAUCGCAGCUGGAAGCAGAUAGAUCUGAGGGUGACCGACGCGGCGAACGAAGCCAAGGAUAACGUCAAGUACCUGACCACUCUGGAGAAGAGCCUGGAACCCAUGUACCUCGGCACCCCUCAAACGAUAAUCGAAAGUUUGCCAGUCCUCAUGAGCAACAUAAAGAUGAUGCAUUCCAUCGCGCGAUACUACAACACCGCAGAAAGAAUGACCGUUCUUUUCGUCAAAGUGACAAAUCAGAUGAUCACCAAGUGCAAGGAAUUCAUAAAGGGCCCGGGCAAGCUGUGGGAGCAGGACAAAGCGAGUCUGAUUCAGAACUUGGAACUGUGCAUCAGGCUGAACGAACAGUACCAGGAGCAGUAUCGGCAGACGAGGGACAAGCUGCAGUCGCAGGCGAAAGGCAAGCAGUUCGACUUCAACGAGCAGCGAAUCUUCCAUAAGUUUGACGUGUUCUGCAAGCGACUGACCAAGCUGGUGGAUAUGUUUACCACUGUCCAUCAGUUUGGCAGUCUGGAGCAACAUAGUCACAUCGAAGGCCUCGGGGAGAUGAUAAAGACCUUCUUCUCGAUCGUCGAGGACUUCAAGAAGAAACCUUAUGACCUCUUGGACUUCUCCAAGAACCAGUUUGACCGAGACUACUUGGAAUUCAACGUCAACAUUCAUGACCUGGAAACCACCCUGCAGGGGUUCAUCAACUCCAGUUUCGAGAACAUAACUUCCACGGAGCAUGCCCUCAACUUGCUCCGACUUUUUCAGGCCAUUCUGCAGCGGGACUCGCUCAAAGGCGACUUGGACGACAAGUACAUGGUCAUCUUCCAGAACUAUGGGCUUGAUCUGGAGGCCAUCCAGAAGAUCUACGAGAAGUACAAACACAACCCUCCCUUGGUUAGGAACGCGCCGCCUGUGGCAGGAAACAUCAUGUGGGCAAGGCAACUGCUUCGCCGGAUCGAGGACCCGAUGAAAAGGUUCGCGGGGAACAAGAGCAUCAUGGCGACCAAGGAGAGCAAGAGGAUCAUCCGGAUGUACAACAAGGUGGCGAGGGCGCUGGUGGAGUUUGAACUGCUCUGGCACCAGGCGUGGCUGAAGAACAUAGAUGCAAUGAAGGCAGGGUUGCAGGCGACGUUGAUAGUGAAGCAUCCCGAAAACGGCAACCUGCUGGUGAAUUUCGACAAGGACAUAUUGCAGCUGAUGAGGGAGACGAAGUUCCUGCAGCGUAUGCACAUCGAGGUGCCGGAGGCGGCGAAGAUGGUUCUACUGCAAGAGGACAAGUUCAAGUACUACUUCAAUCAGCUAACAUACGUUCUGAAAGAGUAUGAGAGGGUCAUGCACAACAUUCGAUCCGUAACUAGACCUCUGCUGGGACCGCAUUUGGAUGACCUGGAUAAGAAGAUCCACCCAGGGAUGUACAUCCUCACGUGGACCAGCAUGAACAUUGACGGUUACUUGCAGAGGAUUUACACAGGACUGCAGCGGUUGGAGGAGCUGGUGCGCAAGAUGAACGACAUGGUGGACAACCGAAUAGAAGCAAACCUCAAGGGAAUCAGCAAGACGAGCUUGAUAGACCUGCCACCAGACCAUUCCUUCACAUUCGACGACUUCGUGUCCACACAAAGCAGGUUCAUAAAGAGGCAGACGGAGACGAUGGAGGUCAAGAACCUGGAGGUGGAGAGGGCCGUGAACGAUCUGAUUGAGCUGGUGGCCACGAAUCCUCGAGAGAACAUGGACGUGCACAUUCCUGAUGCAGAGAUGGCGAAGUUCAAAAACCACUACAGCAAGCUGAUGUACCAAGCUAUUCUGACGGCCACCAAGAACACGUUUGUUGCUUUGCGACGGAGGCUAGGCUCGCGCGUAUCGCACGCAUCAACGGGGUUGUUGCCGUCGGCCGAGAUCCCCUUCUUUGAGGUGGAUGUGGAGCUUACUAUCCCCAAUGUGAGCAUGAACCCAAGCCUGGACGACAUACAGAAUGCCAUCAACACGGCUGCAAAGAAGGUGUUGAGAUGCAGUGCGGAGCUCAAGGCUUGGAACGCCGUGAGGUCGACGAGUGACAUUCCGGGCGCGACGUUCUACGACCUGAUUGCUGCGGACAAGGAGAUUGUGAAAUCGGUUCUGCUGCUGACGGGCAGCAUCGAAGGCACCAAGCAGCAGGUUGUGGAUUACAUUCGCAAGUUUGACAAGUACGAUUUCCUGUGGAAGCGAGACAUGCAGGCGGAGUAUGCAGAGUUCAUGCGCACGGGGCCGAACCUGGAAGCCUUUGAGAACGAGCUACAAAAGUACAUGGCCAUAGAGACGGAGAUUGCAAACAUACCUGCUGUGCAUCACAUAGGAGCCCUAUCACUGGAGACCCAGCCGAUGAAGUACUCUCUCAAGGCAGAGGCCGCAUCGUGGAAGGCUCAGUUCGCCAAGAACCUCCACCAUCAAGCUUAUGAAGACCUGAAGGUGUUCCAUGUCUACAUCAAGGAAACAACCUCUAAGCUCAAUGUUCAGAUCAAGGAUUUGGAGGACGUCCGAAUUGCAAUGGCCGUGCUCAAGGAGGUUCGUGAGAAGGAGGCAGAGAUUGAAUCCAUAAUGACACCCAUUGAGGACAUGUACAGUUUGCUUCACAAGUACGAGGUUCGGAUCCCGAAAGAGGAGAACGAGCAGCUUGGAGACCUCAGAGUCAACUGGAAGAAGAUGAGAAAGCUGGCGACCGAUGUGUCAGACAACCUUGCGCGUCUUCAGAUAGGAUUCAAGCGAGAUCUUGUGAAGGAGGUGAAGACUUUCGUUGUGGAUGUGGGCCAGUUCAGAACGGACUUUGAGCAGAACGGGCCUAUGCAGCCAGGGAUCGCGGCACAGGAGGCAGUGGAUCGCUUGAGGAAGUACCAGCAGAUGUUUGAAGUUCGGAAGCACAAGUGGGCGACGUACAGCGCCGGAGAGGAGCUGUUCGGACUUGCCGUAACGAGCUACCCGGACAUGGAGAAGAUGGAGAAGGAGCUGGGCUUGCUGGACAGAUUGUACUCGCUGUACACGAACGUCAUUAGCACCAUUAGCGGCUAUGCUGACAUAUAUUGGGUGGAAGUAGUGAGCAACAUCGACGCAAUGCAGGAGGAGGUGCUGGCAUUUCAGCACACAUGCAAGAAGCUCCCCAGGGGGCUCCGAGGCUGGGAGGCCUACACAGUUUGCAAGAAGACGAUCGACGACUUUCUGGAAGUGUUGCCUCUGCUGCAGCUGCUGAGCAGCAAGGCGAUGAGAAACCGGCACUGGCAACAGCUAAUGCAGGUCUGCAACAAACAGCUCAAUCUGGCUGAGGAUAUAAUGAAACUGUCCCAUCUAUUUGAGUCCAACUUGCUCGCCCAUCGGGAGGAGAUAGAGGAGCUGUGCAAUGCGGCAACAAGGGAGGAGCAAGUAGAGCUGAAGCUUGCCCAGAUUGCGGAUGAGUGGGCCGAGCAGGUGUUCACCUUCAACAGCUACAAGAACAGGGGCCAGGUCGUCCUUAAAAGUGCUGAGACCGCAGAGAUCGUCGAAAAGCUCGAGGACAGUCAACUGGCCCUGGGUUCCAUGGCUGCCAAUCGCUACAGCUCUCCAUUUCGCGAAGAACUUAAUUCUUGGAUUGUCAAGCUGUCAAGCGUCAGCGAGAUCAUUGAGAUGUGGCUUCAGGUACAGAACAUGUGGAUGUACAUGGAAUCGGUCUUCUCCGGCGGCGAUAUCGCCAAGCAACUGCCCCAGGAGGCUAAGCGGUUUCAGAACAUCGACAAGAACUACAUGAAGAUCGUGAACAACACCUCCGAGGUCCGGAACGUCAUUCAGUCUUGUUUCGGUAACGAGCUGAUGAAGAACCUUCUUCCUCACCUCAUCGAGCAGCUGGAACUUUGCCAGAAGUCUCUGGCCACUUACCUGGAGACCAAGAGAGCCGAGUUCCCGCGCUUCUAUUUCGUCUCCGACCCCACGUUGCUGGAAAUCUUGUCCAUGGGGUCUGAUCCUCAAGCGGUGCAACCUCACUUCCAGUCUGGACUUUUCGAUGCCAUUGCUGCUGUCACGUUUGACAGGUUUGACAAGUCGAAGAUUCUUGAGAUGCACAGCGUCCAAGGUGAGAUCGUCAAGCUUGAAGAGCCCGUCAUUGCAGUUGGCAACAUCGAGGAUUGGCUCAAGAAGCUUGUUGCCGGCAUGCAGUCCACGGUGAAGAAGAUCAUCAAGCGGGCCUACGACGAGGUGAAUGUCAUCCCGAUCGGAGAGUUCGUGUUCAAGUAUCCAGCCCAAGCUGUUCUGAUUGGGCUCCAGUUCCUGUGGACCGCGGACAGCCAGAUUGCUCUGGCAUCUGUCAAGAGCGACAAAUCGUCGAUGAACAAGGUGAUGAAAAAGUUUGAUGCCAUUCUUCGGGAGCUGGUGGAUAUCACCACCAGGGACCUAGGGAAGAAUGAGAGGACCAACAUCGAGACAAUGGUGACUGUGCAUGUCAACCAAAGGGAUACGUUUGAGGAUCUGCUGAGGAAGAAGGUCAAAGACCCUAUGGAUUUCGAAUGGUUAAAGCAGUGUCGCAUCUACUGGCGGGAGGAUAUCGAUGGGAUUCUUAUCUCGAUAGCUGAUGUUGACUUCGAGUACAGUUUUGAAUACCUGGGCGUCAAGGAGCGAUUGGUUGCCCUGGGAAUGUUCCUUGGGGGGGCACCUGCGGGUCCCGCUGGGACAGGCAAAACGGAGACAACCAAAGACUUGGGUGCUACCUUAGGUAAGUACGUUGUUGUCUUCAACUGCAGCGAUCAGAUGGACUACAAGGGAAUGGGAAAGAUCUUCAAAGGCCUGGCACAGUCGGGACUUUGGGGCUGUUUUGACGAGUUCAAUCGUAUCAAUUUGGAUGUUCUGUCUGUCUGCGCCCAGCAGCUGUUCUGUAUCCUCUCGGCAGUGAGAGAACGGAAGCCCAGCUUUGUCUUCACUGAUGGCACGGUCACACCGCUGGACGCGAGGGCUGGUUUCUUUGUCACCAUGAAUCCGGGCUAUGCUGGUCGGCAGGAGUUGCCGGAAAAUCUGAAAUCACUCUUCCGAGGCGUCACCAUGAUGGUACCCAACCGGCAGAUCAUCAUCAAGGUCAAGCUUGCAUCUUGCGGUUACCAGGACAAUGACAUCCUUGCCAAGAAGUUCUUCGUCCUCUACGGCCUGUGCGAGCAGCAACUGAGCAAGCAGCCUCACUACGACUUUGGACUUCGAAACAUCUUGUCUGUGCUGAGAACUGCUGGAGGACAGAAACGAGAGAACGCAGGCAAGUCGGAGCAGUUCCUUAUGAUGCGGACUCUGAGGGAUCUGAACCUGUCCAAGUUUGUGGCCGAGGACGUGCCUCUGUUCUUGUCCCUGAUAGAGGAUUUGUUUCCUGGGAUCAUCGCCGAGAAGGCCACGUUCAAGGACGUGGAGGAUGCACUGCUAAGACAAGUGAAAGAAAAGACACUCCAACCUCAUCCUAGCUGGCUGGAGAAGUGCGUCCAGUUGUAUGAAACGUACCUUGUACGGCAUGGAAUCAUGCUAGUGGGUCCGACAGGCGGUGGCAAGACCAUGAUCUGCACCUGUUUAGCUGGAGCUCUGAGCGAGGUAACGAUCAAACACGUGAUCUGGCGGAUGAAUCCCAAGUCCAUCACGACUCCGCAGAUGUUUGGUCGACUGGAUACCGCUACGGGCGACUGGACGGAUGGGGUCUUCUCUGUUCUCUGGCGAAAGGCGGCACGUAGCAAGAACCAGAACACUUGGAUCGUCCUGGAUGGCCCUGUUGACACCUUUUGGAUUGAGAGUCUUAACUCCGUGCUUGACGACAACAAACUGCUUACGCUUGCUAACGGCGAUCGCAUACCGAUGAUUCCAAACAUGAAAGCCAUGGUGGAGACAGAGCACCUGGCCAACGCCUCCCCGGCUACUGUUUCCAGGUGUGGCAUCAUCUACGUGAGUGAGACGGAGCUUGGAUGGGAGCCGGUUGUUGCUUCGUGGCUUGAAGAUCGGAAGCCAGCAGAAGUUGCACUGCUCAAACCGCUGUUUGACAAGUAUGUGCCUGCAAUGCUGACUUUUGUGAGGCUUGAGGUGAAGGAGGUCAUGAAGAAUCAGCCUGUGUGUCAAGUCAAUACUUUGCUGAUUUUGCUGAACGCCUGUUUGCAAAAGGCAGCGGAGCGCAGCACUGAGGCUUUGGCAGAGGACCAGUGUGAGCGGAUCUUCCUCUACGUGUUGACCUGGUCCAUUGGCGGUCUGCUCAACUUGAGCGAUCGAUCUAAGUUCGACAAGAAGCUUCGAGGGAUCACAGAAAACAUGCCAGAUGUGGAGGAAGGCAGUGACGAUACCAUUUUUGAGUACCGGAUCGGGGCCGAGCAGGCCACCUGGGAGCAUUGGAAGGACCACGUUCCUGACUGGAAGUAUCCCGCAAAGGUAAAGGAGCCUAAGCUCUCCCAGUUGCUGAUUCCCACUCUGGACAGCAUCAGGCUGGAGGCGCUGAUCGAGUUAGUGGUCUUGGACAUGAAGGCAACCCUCUUCGUGGGUGGACCUGGCACAGCGAAGACUGUCACGGUCAACCAGUACCUUUCCAAACUGAACCUAGACGAGAUGAACCACAAAUCCAUCAGCUUCUCAAGCCUGACAACGCCGAAGAUCUUUCAGAGCAGCGUGGAAGGAGUGGUGGAGAAGAGGCAGGGCAGGACAUUCGGACCGCCUGGAGGCAAGCGCAUGGUACUCUUCAUUGACGACUUAUCUAUGCCGGCAUUCAAUGAAUGGGGAGACCAAGUGACGAACGAGAUCGUCCGGCAGCUUCUCGAACAAGGCGGGUUCUACAGUCUGGAGCGCCCAGGUGAUUUGAAGAAGAUUGUUGACGUCCUUUACUUGGCGGCAAUGAACGAGCCCACAGGCGGAAAGAAUGAUGUUCCCUCGAGACUUAAGCGACAUUUUGCCUGCUUCAACGUUCCUAUGCCAUCGAUGAUUGCGAUCAAAUCUAUCUACGGCACACUGGUUGCUGGGCGCUUCCCUCCCGACAUGUUCACGGACAGUGUGAUAGAGGUGGUUAAUGGACUCGUGGGGAUCACCGUGACCCUCUGGAACACCAUCGCCACCAAGAUGCUUCCCACUCCUGCCAAGUUCCACUACAUCUUCAACAUGCGGGACCUGUCCCGCGUUUUCCAGGGUAUUCUCCAUGCCGAGAGGGAUCGGUUCCACAAGGAUUCUACCAAGCCGUUUGCAGGGCAGGUUACGACCAAGGAGGGGUACUUACUGGCCUUGUGGCGGCACGAGUGUGAGCGAGUGUUUGGCGACAAGUUGACGACUCCUGCGGACAAGGACUGGGUCACUCUGACCAUAUUGGCCCUCAGUACAGAGACCUUUGGUGCAGCCCUAACCACUGAGAUCUCUGAGCCUCUGUACUUCGUCGAUUUCCUCCGCGAUGUGGAAGAAGAUCAGGAUGGAUACGUCAUCGAUGAACACCCAAAGAAUUACGAGACUGUGAGGGACUUGACGGAGCUGAGGGAGAGGGUGGAGGCUCUGCAGAGGAAGAUGAACAAUGAGAACAAGGCCGGGAAAGUUGAGCUGGUGCUCUUCGAAGACGCUCUGAAGCAUAUUGCCCGGAUCACUCGAGUGUUGGGAGUGGACCAUGGUUGUGCACUGCUGGUCGGCGUUGGAGGCUCCGGAAAGCAGAGUUUGACCCGCCUGGCCGCUUAUAUCUCUGGAGCUUAUCCUGUUCAGCUGACGAUCACGAAGACGUAUUCCAUCCCCAACCUGCUUGACGACAUCAAGGGGAUGUACAAGGUUGCAGGCUUCAAAGGACAGGCAGUGGCGUUCAUCUUCAGCGACACGGAAGUGAAGGAGGAAUCCUUCCUCGAGUAUGUGAACCAGAUGUUGAUGACAGGGGAGGUGUCCGGACUCUUUCCGAAGGACGAGAUAGACAUGAUCAUCAACGAUAUGCGCACGGUGAUGCGAGCAGCCUCUCCCACAACACCGGAUACAUAUGACAACCUCUACCGUUUCUUCAUGGAUCGAGUCAGGGACAACCUGCACAUCAUCUUGUGCUUCUCCCCCGUCGGUGUCAAGUUCUCGCAGAGGGCCUUGCAGUUCCCAGGGCUGAUCAACGGUUGCACCAUAGACUGGUUUCUGCCCUGGCCUGUGCAGGCACUGAAGGGUGUGGCUGCGAAGUUCAUCUCCAGCUUUCAGAUGGAGAGCACCCAGAAGGUCAAGGAAGAGCUGAUCGACCACAUGGCAUAUGUUCAUAAUACUGUCACGGCUGUGUGCUCUGACUACUUCGACAAGUAUCGACGCCACGUGUACGUCACGCCGAAGAGUUACUUGUCCUUCAUCAAUGGCUUCAAGAGCCUCUACUCAAAGAAGUAUUCCGAGAUCAAGGAGCUCUCCGACAAGAUAGUCAAUGGUUUGGGCAAGCUCAAUCAAGCGAAAACAGAUGUGAGGAGGAUGAAGGUGGAGCUGGCUGCAAAACAUGUGUCGCUUGCUGAGGCUCAGAAGGUCUCUGAGACGCUUCUGAAGGAAAUCAGUGCCAGCACGGCCAUGGCAGAGAAGGAGAAGGCCAGGGUCGCGGGCAUUCAGAGCAAAGCCAAGAGUAUGGCUGACGAAAUCGGCAAGACGAAAGCAGAGGCCGAGGAAGAUCUUGCUGCUGCUAAGCCCGCCCUGGAUGACGCCAUAGCCGCACUCUCCUUGAUCACUGGCAGGGAUAUCAGCACCCUCAAGCAGUUGAAGAAGCCCCCUGACAUUAUCAAGAGGAUCAUGGACUCCUGUCUGCUGCUCAAACACCAGCCUAUCAACAGGGUGGAGUAUGAAGACCUGAAGGGUGAGAUGGUGAUUGUGUCGACGUACAGCCAGUCGUUGGUAAUGAUGAGUGACAUCCGGUUCCUGGACAGUUUGACAAACUUCCCUAAGGAGCAGAUCAAUGACGAGACUGUUGAACUGCUUCAGCCCUAUUUCAUGGCCAGCGACUUCACCUACGAGGCGGCCAAGAAGGCAUCCGGUAAUGUUGCGGGGCUGUGUUCCUGGACCCGAGCUAUGUGCGCCUAUCACGAAAUUGCCAAGGUUGUGGAGCCGAAGAUACAGAAGCUGAGAGACAGUGAGCAGCAGUUUAAAGUAGCCACCAAGAAAUUGCAGGAGGCAGAGGAGUCCAUGGCCAAGGUCCAGGCAGAGCUGGAUAAAAUGCAAGCUCAGUUUGAAGCAGCCAUGAAGGAGAAGAGGAAGCUGGAAGAGGAUGCUGACAAGACUCAGAAGCGCAUGGACGCAGCCAACUCUCUUAUCAACGCUCUUGCUGGGGAGGAGGUGCGGUGGACGUCCCAGAGUCAUGAGUUCGCCGCCACUAUUCAGCAACUCACAGGGGACUGUGCACUGGCGUCAUCCUUCGUCUCCUAUGCUGGAACGUUCAACAAGGAAUUCCGGGAAACCCUCAUAAACAGAGAGUUCUUCAAGGACAUUUUCAACCGCAACAUUCCAGCAACGCAGGGGCUAGGUGUGACCAAAUUUCUGGUGGACGAUUCCGAGGCGUCGGAGUGGAAGUUGCAGGGCCUGCCAACUGACGAGCUCAGCGUGCAGAAUGGCAUACUGGUCACCCAUGCGACGCGCUUUCCUCUGAUGGUCGAUCCACAGGGGCAGGGACUGGUGUGGAUCAAGAGGAGGGAGGCAGUUAACAACAUCAAAGUGACAACGCUGAAUGACAAGUCAUUCAGGAGCCACCUGGACGAGUGUCUGUCCACGGGAAGGCCGAUGCUCAUCGAGAACGUGGAAGAAGAAUUGGACCCGGUGCUAGACCCGGUGCUCGAGAAGCGAUGGCAGAAGGCCGGGAAGGGCCUGAAGGUUGCGCUGGUGGACAAGGAGGUGGACUUCAAGCCCAGCUUCCAGCUGUUCAUGACCACGAGGUUGGCUAAUCCACACCUAACUCCGGAGCUGAGUGCCAAGGUGACCGUGAUAGAUUUCACGGUGACGAUGGCUGGCCUGGAGGACCAACUGCUGGGAAGGCUUAUCCUGAAGGAGAAGCACGACUUGGAGGAGCAGAGGCGAAAAUUGCUGGAGGAGGUCACAAGUUACAAGAAGAAGAUCAAGCAGCUCGAGGAUGACCUGCUGUACCGUCUCUCUGCAUCCACUGGCAACCUUCUUGAUGACACGGAGCUGGUCGAAGUCCUUGCGGUCACGAAGCAGACCGCUCAGGACGUCAAUGAGAGGCUAGCGACAGCAACCGAAACCAACAAGAAGAUCACCGAGGCCUGUGAGGAGUACAGGCCGGUGGCCAAGCGGGCCACCAUCGUCUACUUCCUCAUCGCGGAAUUUAGCAAUGUCAAUGUCAUGUAUCAGACUUCACUGAAGCGGUUUGGCCAACUGUAUGAGUAUGCCAUCGACCACUCGGAGAAGGCUGUGAUGCCCAGCAAACGCAUCCAUAACAUCGUAGAGUACCUGACGUUCAGUGUGUACAGGUACAUACUGCGGGGUCUCUUCGAGAGGGACAGGGUGACAUUUGCUCUCAUGUUGGCUAUGAAGCUUCUACUUGCAGACAGGAAGUUGUCAGAGAACGAGGUCAGCACCUUCCUCAAGGGAGGGGCUGCCCUGGACAUCCACACGGUUCGCCGUAAACCUCGCGAGUGGAUUCUGGACUCCGUUUGGCUGAAUGCCAUCGCCGUGACAAACCUGGUUCAGUUUCAGGACCUGGUCGACUCCCUGAUCCGGAACGACGCGGCAUGGAAGCAAUGGUAUGACCAGGAAGCUCCGGAAGCUUCCAAGGUGCCCGAUUAUGAAGACAGACUAUCCAAGUUUGACAAAAUGCUUCUCGUCAAGACCUUCCGGGAGGAUCGAACUUUGCUUGCAGCAUCGGAGUUCAUCUCCGAAAGCCUUGGAGCUAGGUACAUGGAAUCUAUACCUUUGUCCAUGGAGAACACCUGGCAGGAUUCUGACAACAAAACGCCAAUCAUCUGCAUCCUCUCACCGGGAGCAGAUCCAACCAAGCAGAUCGAGGACUUUGCCAAAAAGAAGAAGUUUAAGGUUUUGGGAGUGUCUAUGGGCCAAGGCCAAGAGAUAAUAGCCCGCAAGUACAUGGCCACGGCUGUGCAGGAAGGCAACUGGGUUCUGCUUCAGAACACCCACCUGGGAUUAGGCUACCUGUCCGAGGUGGAGCAGUUUGUGACAAAGACCGAGGAGAUGCACGACGACUUCCGCAUAUGGAUAACCGCUGAACCUCAUCCCCGCUUCCCGAUCGGUCUUCUCCACGUCUCCAUAAAGAUGACAAAUGAGGCCCCCGUUGGCAUGAAGGCGGGCCUCAGGAAUUCGUUCCAGUGGUUGACUCAAGACAUGCUGGAGGCUGUUCCCCGACCUGAAUGGCGCCAGCUCCUCUUCGUCAUGUGCUUCCUACACAGCAUUGUCCAGGAGCGGCGCAAGUUUUGCCCCAUAGGCUGGAAUGUCCCUUACGAGUUCAACCAGAGCGAUCUGUCAGCCUCUGUGCAGUUCUUAGAAAACCAUCUGAUGGAUAUGGAUGCCAAGAAGAGCAGCCACAUCCACAUAGCCUGGACCACCGUACGAUACAUGGUCGCAGAGAUCCAGUACGGAGGCCGCAUUACGGACGACUUCGAUCGUAUUCUGAUGAACGCAUUCGCCGAGCAGUACUUCCAUCAAGGCAUUCUCGAGAAGAACUGUCAGCUGUUCCCUGGGUACGUGGUGCCCUAUGCAACCGAGAUCGCCAUCUUCCGUACAGCAAUAGAGGCCCUGCCACCACAUGAAAGUCCAGAGCUGUUCGGUAUGCACGCGAACGCAGAGUUGACGUAUCGGACUCUUCAAGUGAAGGAGGUGAUCAGGACAAUCAUCGACACUCAACCGAAGACGGCCACAGCGGGGGCAGGCAUGUCGAGGGAGGAUAUGGUAGACAAGAUUGCCGAAGACCUGCUAGCAAAGAUGCCUGCAGCUUUCAAGGUGGAAGAAACCAAGGACAAGCUGAAGAAGCUUCCCGGCAACGUCACCGCUCCUCUGAAUGUGCACCUCAAACAGGAGAUCGACAGGCUCAAUCUUGUCAUCUCUAUGGCGGAAUCCAAUCUCCAAAACCUUCGGCUGGCUAUUAAGGGCUCCAUAGCGCUGAGUACCGCGCUCAAGGACACUCUUGAUGCCCUGCAUGAUGCUCGACCUCCCAAGCUCUGGAUCCCCAAGUCCUGGGAAGCGUCCACCUUAGGUUCCUGGUUCACCGGUCUCAUCCAGCGACAUGACCAGCUCACAAAAUGGCUCAACUUGGGCCGUCCUAAGGCCUUUUGGUUGACCGGGUUUUUCAACCCCCAAGGCUUCCUCACGGCCAUGAAGCAGGAAGUCAAUCGUAAACACGCUGCGGAGAAAUGGGCCCUGGAUGACGUCAUCAUGUAUUCCGAAGUCACGCAUCCGGUGAAGGAGCUGGAGAAUUUGAAGGAAGGUCCAGCAGAAGGUGUGUACAUAUACGGUCUCUUCGUUGAGGGCUGCGCCUGGAGUAACAAGGAAAACAGGCUCGUCGACUCUGAGCCGAAGAAGCUGUUCCAUCCUCUUCCCAUCUUGUACGUAACAGGGGUUUUAGCGUCUCAGAAAAAAGGCGACCAGACCUACAGUGCACCCACUUACCGUGUCAAAAGGAGGACCAGCAACACCUUCAUCACCACCUUUGACCUGCGCACAGAGGACUCCCCCUCUAAGUGGAUCCUGAGGGGUGCAGCAGUGUUGUGUGCGAUUGAUUGAUCGAUGAUUGACCGAGUGAUUGAAAUUUGAAACGGAUUUUAUUGGCUAGUCAACUCGUCAUGAGCCUAUGACGGGUGGAUGGAUCAUUAUCACCUCCUCGUCAGCAACUGCUCUGUCAAUUGGUUCAUUUUCUUGAAAUCCCACGCUUUGCGCAUUUGCAUUGGAUUAGAGAUAACGUCAUGUCUGGUCGAUGGAUGGAUGCCUUUUUGGGCGACAUCGAGGCGAAGACUGUCAUGCAGGAGAGGCAAAAGACAAGAAUCAGAUAGCUGGAAAACAUUCGACCAUGCCAACAUAGAGCAUGAAGGGGGGUCCUCUUCGGGACCACGGCUUAGCACUGUCACAUCGCUAACAUAACCAGAGAUCAGAUGUUGUGUCAGAGCUCCGGGAGAACGAAGGAAAGGGAGAAGAAACAGAAGAGGGAUGUUCGAGGAGAAGAGGGAGGAUGAAUAUCGGAUGUUAUGCCAAAGUUCCGUGAGACUGAAGGAAUAAGAGAUAGAAGGAGAGGGAAAAAAGAAACAUCAUCAUAUGUUAAGUUAUCAUAGCAGACCUACGACAAUUCCCCUUGGCGGUGUGCGGCAUUGGUACCUCAGGUCUCCGGCGUGUCACUUUGGGGAACCCCGGAAUCUGAGUCUGAGUGCGGUGCACCCCGUUGCCGGCGAUUGAGUAACACCGGUCUUGGUUGAUAGACUCGAUACCCCCUGUGUGUCCGCGUGGGUUGAGGUUGAGCGUCCUAAUCUUGAGAGCUCCCUGUGUAAGUGGGUGAGUUCACCGUGCCAUCAGAAGGCUGAACCCGGUUUGUCCAGCGUCCUGACGGACUUCCAAACCCUUUUCAAAAAAGAAAAAUGAAGUUCCGUGCGGAGAGGGGGGAGAAAGGAGAGGAGAGAGACAGGGAUGUUAGAGGAGGAGAAGAAGGGGAAAAGCGUGGAAGAGAGUAGAGUCACAAGUGGAAGGACGAUGAGAAACGACAGGGGGACUGCAGGCUUUCCAAGGUCUGGAUGGCAGAGCGCAGAGGAGCAAAAAAAACGACUGAGAAGGUACCACAGAGACACACAGAGGCAAAAGGCAGGACGUAAGAGUGUGAAGAGUCAGGGGAGACGCACGGUGGAGAUUACAAAGGCAAAUGGGGUGGUAUGGGAAGGGUUUUACAGCAAUGGUGCUCUUUCUCAGGUACCAAGGGUGGGCAGAAGAGAAUGAAAUGAAGAGCAAGAGACACACAGAGGCAAAAGGCAGGACAUAGGAGUGAGAAGAGUCAGGGGAGACGCACGGUGGACAUUACGAAGGCAAAUGGGGUGGUAUGGGAAGGGUUUUACAGCAAUGGUGCUCUCUCUCAGGUACCAAGGGUGGGCAGAAGAGCAUGAAAUGAAGAGCAAGUAGACCGAAGUGAGGAGAUCACUGGGAUAUGAAAGAGAGGAAGCACUUGCUGAAGCAGACAAGCUAUGGGCAAAGGAGACAGAGUGGCAAAACGAACGAAAAGGCAGAGCAAGACUAGAGAAUCAUGGAUGCAGUCUCCCUCAAGCACAUGGGAAAGAGAACAGAGGAAUGUAUGCGUGUGCGUGUGGUGGGGAGAGAUAGAUAGAUAGAUAGAUAGAUAGAUAGAUAGAUAGAUAGAUAGAUAGAUAGAUAGAUAGANNNNAGAGAGAGAGAGAGAGAGAGAGAGAGAGAGAGAGAGAGAGAGAGAGAGAGAGAGAGAGAGAGAGAGAGAGAGAGAGAGAGAGAGAGACAUUUUGCCAUCCUUUGUAUGACAUGAGUCUAGAUUCAUUCGGAUGAAGACAGCAUUGACACACUGGUGAGAGUGCCAGACCUGCUAGCAUCACAGCCAACCUGCAACAGCAGCGAGAGCCUAACAUUGACAGCUUGCUUUCUUCUGGUAUCUGAACUUGGGUUACUUGGACAGAAUGGAGGAAAGUGCGGUGUUGCUUAUUUGUAAGUGAUGCUGAACCCGUUUUGCGGCAACAAUGAAAUUUGCUUAAAACU